GAAGCUGCCUUCUUCCCGGCCUUUGCACCCGGAGCUGUGAAGGGGGGCAAGCUGGCCUCUUAUGCCGGCUUCCUCGAGGCGGCACCGCGGCCAAGCCGCCACGCCAGCUCCUUCGAUGAGCAUCCGACGAAAGCCACUGCGAAGAUCUUGAGUAUGACCGGCAAGGUCAUCAACAUCACCCGCCGGCUGGGAGAAAAGCAGCUCAUGGAUCCUGCGUCGGAAUCGACGGAGUUCGAGGUGAACGAAAAGCUUUGCGAGAAGGGCGACUGUCCCGAAAGCACGGCGCAGGUCACGGUGAAAGAGUGCGUGGUAUCCCCGAUGAAGGAGGACAAGAUGCGGAAGAGACUCGCCCCGGGGCACUUUUGGGAGGAUGACAAGGACUGCAAGUACGUUACGCUCCCGCUGGCCAUGGUCAUCUCAGAGCAUGGCAAGUGCCUCUCUGCGUCAGCCGGCGCCAACCUGACGGAGAAGUGCAACCCAACAGCGGUCAACUGCGGCCACACGACAGCUUGCAACAAGUGCUGGAUUCUGCAGCGGGCCACGGAGAACAGCGUCUUCACUGGAUGGAAGCUGAAGACAGCCUGCGGUGGGCUGCGCCCUCCCAAGGAGAUGGCUAAAGUCAUGGCGGAGUUGGGGUUGAAGCUUCAGAAGGCAAAGUUUCUGACCAUGGACGCGGAUGGCGAACUGAAGUAUACGGACGAGUACGGCACGGACCAGGAUCGACAGGUCUGGAAUUUGACCCCGACGGAAGUCGAUUCCAAAGUGGACGAAGUGCAGCUCCACGAGAAGAUGUACAACAAGCCCUUUCUGUUGGAGAACUUGGCCUCGGAACGCUUCCUUCUCCACGAGCGGCCGCCUCUGACGGAGGACACCUCCAGGUCGGAUCCCAUCAACACCUACAUGGCGGAGCUCCCGCAGAAGGAGACGAUGCCGAUGCCCUUCAAGAACGAGGGCACCGAGGCCAAUGCAAUAACCAUCAUCCAGAAGAAGCAGUGGCGCCGGGGCUUCUGGCAAGGUGUGGAGAAGGCAGGCAGCACCUACUUGCAAGGGCAGAUGAUGCGUGCCGAUGGCAAGACGGUGCCCACAUUCAACUUCCUCUCGUCAGCUCCCGACACUGGCUUUGACUUCACGAAGCACCUGCGACAGGAG